GCUGGCUAGUGCACUAUAGUGUCUGUCUCUGACGAGCUCUAGAGCGGGCGGCGGGCUGCGGGCUGCGGGCUGGUGGCAAGGCUCUCACGUUUCGGUCGGUGAAAUGACUCCCAACCACCGAAAGGAGGCCUGGAGACGAGGACGGAUUCAUGCCAAUGUCUUGGAGGCGAUUUUCCUGUAGCCAGUGACGAUUAAAAUGGCAAACUCGAUGACAGUUUCGUUUCACAUAAAACUUUGGUAAAUGCGUUUGCCUGAUCCACACUAGAUGAUACUGGAACACAGUCGAAUUGUCAUCGUUUUAAUUCGGGGGAGCUGAAGCCUGUCGUCUGCUGCAAGGAUGACACCGACAGAACAUGGCCACUUCUAUCUGUGCGUGUAUUGGUUAAUGAGCAAGGUGGACAUGCAACACAUGCGACAAGACACGCGGGGGUUAGCCCAAGGUCGCCUCGUUAGUAAACCAGUUUUGCCAAACUCAAUGACUGUGUUUGCUUCACCAAGAGAUUUAAAUCCGAAUACUUCAAACACGGAUACAGCUGAUGUAUCAGUGACAUUACCGCACUGCGGCUACCCAGUAGAGGGCACUGUCACCCCUCCAAGGCAGUUGCUGGCAAGUGUUGAGACCAGACAUGGGCCCCAGACGGCUGCCAGCAUCUCACCUCGUCAAUCCAAAGUUUCGCUGUUUAAUGGUCAGUCUGGGCAUGCCGAAGCAGCUGGGGCCAGUUCGCCCUCAAAGCCCACGCCCUCUGCAUCACUAGAGCUGUCAGAUGCCGAAAUUGACCCGAGCCGAAGUGCAUCCAAGUCCCCUGUUCUGCAUGUGAGACAUCUGACUCCCUCUCCUGUACUGUACGUGGAUGCUUCGGGAGGCCUCAUUGACCCAGACAGGUCAGAAGUUGAAACCAACACCGGUCUGGUGAUCUCACCGGUGAAGGUCGUGUGUCACGCCCCGGCCGUGGUCGAGAGCGACCUGAGGGACUCGGGCUACACUCAGGAAGCAGCUCGGAUCAAAGUGGAUGCUGUGCCGACGGUCAGCCUGCUGGGUGACCUCGAUGUGACACAGGUCAAAGGUGACAGAGGGUCAUCGGCUCCCCUUGCGGUAUCUGCAUCAAAGGGCGGAGCUAGGACCCCGCUGGUUGUCAAGGGGAACGCACUAGCAGGCAUUGCGCAGGAUAUGACUUCGGCCUUGAGAAUUGAUGACGCCUCCAGAGACGAGGACGAGACUGUGCCAAGGACUAUUAAGACAGAAUCCACCCAGAAGGACAAAAAGAAAAAGAAAGCCACCAUCGUGCCGUCGCGGUACAUGCAAGCCGCUACCAAGACCACAUCUGCUGGAUCCAGUUCAGUCAGGGAAUCGACCACAUUCCCUCCUCGACCACAAUACGGCUCGUCUACUGCAACUUCCAGAGGAGGCCCAAAUAAAAAAGCAGUCAAGUCGUCCCAUCCCAAGAGGACAGUCAGUGUGUCGGCAGCCCAUCAGCCAGUCGGCAAACAGCGCAGCCAAUCCUCCCGCCAAUCGCAUUACAGCUACACCCCGGUGCCUCGUGGGAUGCACCGAGGGGGCGGAGUCACCUCCACGCCUGCCGUGAAUGCCUCUGUUCCCCCUUCUGCUGGGAGCUUGGAUGCAUCGGCCAUCGGGGCAUCCAUGGUCCAGGGCCCUGAUGCAUCCAUGGCAAUGGCCCCGGCAUCAGGUGUUGCUAUGUCAUUAGCCGAUAGACUGGAUAGUGCCAAGAGCCUGUCCCACCACGAAGACCUCUCUGCUGCAGAUACAUCCGUCUUCCAGUCUGGCAUGUCAUCCACCGCUGGGCAGGAUUCGGCUUAUGCGUCGUUCCCAACGACCCACAGGAAGAAGCGGGCAUCUGAUAUCACCCAGGACUACCUGGAUCGGUCGUAUGCUCGCUACACACAGGCCCUCUUCCUAGAUUCCAAGGUAGAGAAAACUCUGAAGGAACAGGAGAAGGAAGCCAUGUCUCAGAUGUACGGCCUGUGGCACGAGAAUGAAAAACUGAGAGCUAGGAAGCAAGAGUUGGAGCUGGAGUUGACAAGCAGUCGCCACGCCAACCGCCUCGAUCAACAGCUUGACGUCCAGAUUGGAGGCCUCGGCCCGGUUGUGGCCCAUCUUGAUCAGCUGAAGAAACAAUACAGCACCUUGGCUCACGCCUUGGACACGACCAGACACCAACUGGGGACGGCCGGUAUCCACAUACCACAGGACGAGGACAGUUACCACGAGCUGCUCAUCAGUGCCUUGGCCGAGAGUGAGAACCUCCUAGGUGAGAUUAAUGCCGCUACUCGGACUCACCAGCCCAAAGUCACCUCGUUCGCGAGUGCCAUACACGCCUUACAGAAAGCUGUCGAAAAUGAAGACAAGGAACUCAAGAGGUGUCAGGAGCUUCUGGCAGCAACCAGCACUUUGGCGACCCAAGAGAGUUCCCUGAGAAUACAGCAGAUUGAGCAGUGAUGCACAGACACAAGAUUGCCCCGCCUAGAUAUCUCCUUCAUCUGCUGUCUUCAUGAGAUGGCUAAUUUCCACCCCAUCCAGUACAGCUAAGUAGGAAACUAAUCAUUUGUUAGUGGCACACAUUUAGCUGUAGGUUUGCAGUGUGACGGCUCGGAGUGCAUUCUUGUGUGGCAUUCCGGCAGUUAUAGGUUCGAAUCCAGUUCCUGUGAAUGUUGUUCUACCAUGUGGAGAGAGCUAUCCCCGUGACUUGGCUUGACGGCAUUCCUGAGAUAAGUUGAGCAGUAUUUCAACUCCAAGAUCUGACCAAAUGCUUCAGUUCAUUGACCCUCAUCUGCUGUAAACAUAACAGAUUUGAACCUGGGACCAGAAGGUUGUGGAGAAACCUGAAUCAUAUUCUGGCGUGUCAGUGGAGCUGCAAGCGUGAAGCGUCUAAGGUGUAGGGUCCGGGGCCUGCUUAAGGGCCCUGGGAACAUUUUGAAAUGUAGAUGCUCCGUGGUGCAUUUUACAGCUUCCUGGGACAACCAUUGGUCAUUUUUUUCUUGUAAUUUAUGCAUAUUUUCAAUUUAACUUGGGCCUAUUUGCCUGACACUUCCUGGAGGCUAAAAUGAACCAGAAAAAGGUAUACCAAAAUUGUAAAAAUCGUAGUUUGUAGUGUGAGUUGGCCCUUUUCACACUUGCUAGCUUCAUGUUGUCUGCCUGUUGCAAACUUCACAGGCAGCAAAAUGCAUGUACAUGUAGGUGGUUGUAACAUCAUAACAUCAAACCCAUAUUAAACAAGAGCAAUGAAACUGUUCUUCUUUUCUUGUUCUUCUCGGCUCUCUCUUUGAGAUCCAAGCAUGUGCGAUAUGCCACUCUCAUAUUUCUGCGCAAGGUGGCAUUUACAAGAGUACGGGAUGGGACUGCUCUGUCAAAGUACCGCACCGCUGUCCUUUUUCUUGACAUAAGCUCGCACUUGACGGUCUGGAUUGCAAAGAAGCUGCCAACUUGUAAGGUUGAUUUCUUCUUGUUUAGGACAUCUUUCACGAUGCGGAAAGAUGACUCCACCGCUGGGCAGUGGAAGCAGCUCAGUGAGGCAAAUACCAUUUUGGUCAGGUUUGGGUAUGUGUUGGCAUAUCCGGUCCAACAAGUCACGAUGUUUCCGGUUCCGUCUGUUGACUCGGGAACCUGAUUGUGAUAUUGAUGUGGGCCAAUUGUCACAAAGCCUUCUAUCGGGGUGAUCAAAAAUUUAUUAACCUUAAUUUCAAGCUGCAAAUUCACAGUGAGAUGUGUGCUACUGCGGGUUGUAGUGGAGAUUGUUAGUCACUGCUUGUGCAGACACAGGACAGCGGUAACGAGUUUCACCAACACACAUAUGAAUAUUGAUGUUUCAUUUGCAACCAAUCAUAGCACAAUGACCGGAUGGCUCCCAGGAUGCUGUUUUAGUAUGCAAAUUUUAUGUACACGCUGAAAAAUGCCGCCACAGAUUUGUAGGCACGUACGCACAUGUACAUAGGAUUCAAUCAUUACGGCGCUCUGACCGUGUUUUUGCAUGCGUUCGGUGUCGGCAAAAAGAGGAUGGGCAAAGAUUUCGGGAGAGGUCAUGAGCACCCCAUUUCAUCUUCAACUGCUCACUCUUCAGCUAGCAUUAAUUGCAGCACGCAAGAGACCUUCUCAAACGAUUCUUGUAGAUUCUUAAAAACUUGCUAGAAGCUGCACAAGUAAAUGUCUAUUUUUGAUGUCUAUUUAAAAGUGCCUUUUUGCUUGAUAAGUUCAAUCCCUAGUCAGUAAAUGACUGAAGUCGUAAAUGCAUUCCUUCUUGAAAAGCUUUGUUUUGUGUUCACUUAUGUAUUUAUAAAGAAGAGCAAUUUGUGGUUUGAAAUGUAGCCAAAAAAUAUACACCAAAGAAAAUGGAUUGGCUUCUAGAGAAGAGGGGUCAUUGAUUAAUUAGUAAUGUUUGGCGAGGCGUAUAUUUAAUCUUUUCCUUUCAUCUUUUCCUUGUUAACACAGUAAAUUUUACUGUUCGAUAAAAUAGAAAUCGUAAGCCAUUUUUGAUAUCAACCUUUUGCCAGGUAAUAAAAAAAAAGCAAGGUUCAUUACGUUUGCUAAUUUCACCUGUCACACAAUGUAAUAUCGUUGGUGUGUUGUUACAUGUCUACAUUCUUAAAGAGAGAGAAAUCGUUUACUUUGAUUUGACCUCUUGCAGAUGGCAUGACUUAAUAUUGAGCAAGCAAGAAUUCAAAUUAUAAUUCAGUUCAGUUGGAAACAUUCAGUACUCAAUAAUGUAAUGGCCCAAUGGAAAUAGUUUGUUUGAGCGCAUGAUUGCGCAUAUUAAAGCUGAAACACUUAAACAAAGGAAGACAUUUCACUUUCAUAUGAA